GUUGACGGGAGUGAAGCGUGUGGAUUGACAGCCAUUCCGCAGUCGCGCACGGGAAAGAAGAUUCGCUAGAGGCUCAUCAGCGCGAGCUGAAACAAAAGUGCUCAAUCAACGCGUCGCAUCAUAACAGACGCAGGAGAGUUCGCAGAGGAGCGAGCACCCGAAAUAAACGGUCAGGUCUUGGCAUUGCGGCAGCGGCCGUGCCCAUCCCCGUACCUUCCUCGACCAGAAACGCUCGGAUCAUCAGAACGCGCGAAACAGUUCAUCAAACAUCCUCUCUGUAUUCUGCUUGGAGCGUUUCUUUUGCACAUUUGCACCACGGCGAGGUCGUCGAGGGCACCCUGACAGGCACUCUCUCUUAGCUGCAGGAACGCAGUGACCUUCGCGCGCGCGGUCCCACGCCCGGACCCAGCAUCCUUGAUCGGGCUCGAGCUUCGACAGCAACGCAUCUCCAUCGCCCAUCUCGCCCACGCACGCCGCCAGCGAGCUCGACCGCCGACUCGAGUGGUCGUGUAGUGCCCGGUCGCCACGACACACCACGACCCUCGCGUCGUCUCGGUGCUGCUGCCAGCCGAAAAAUUUCUGAUCCAGUCAGUACCCUCUUGGUGCUCGAGUGACACGCACACGUCCACACACCCACACCGCACCAAGCAUUGGAUGUCUCUACCGUCCAUUGGCAACAUCUUGCUUGCGCAGCGUCACAAGAGGAGGGACAGUCUGACCGGCGCGGCGGACAUGGACCUCAACACGUUACUGAACACUAACAGGGCGAUUCCAGGCGCAAUAGCGAACCGAAACAUGCAGUACGAGGUCCCCAUGCAGAUGAGCAUGAACCACGACAUGCACACCCCCAAUGGCCACUUCACCGGGCAGAACCUCUACGUGCCCAACGCGGGCAACAGGAUAAAAUCCGAGAACGGCUCUGACCGCGGCGUCUCACCACACUCCUCCGAGCACUCCUCACGCUACUCGUCCCAGGCCCCGGCGAACUCGGUGGCAUACCAGCAAAUCGCCGCCCAGCUCACGAAUGGCAUGCGGUACCCUUCGCCGUCGAUGCCGCAAAACAACUCGAUGCCCAUGCUGCAACACUCAUACCAGCCCGCAGGCACGCAAGACGGCGGCUACCCCCAACAGACACCCACACUAGGUGCUACCCAGCAAAGCACCCCGCAGGAGCAGAGCCCGGCGGAGGGAGGGCGGAACAGUACAGGCAGCAGCGGUUUGCCCAAAGCAUUCGCGUGCUCGACAUGCUCCAAAGGCUUUGCCCGACGAAGCGACCUGGCGCGUCAUGAACGCAUUCACAGCGGAGUACGACCGCAUGUCUGCGACCACCCUGGCUGUGGCAAGCAGUUUAUCCAGCGCUCAGCGCUUACUGUUCACUCACGUGUGCACACUGGUGAGAAGCCGCACAUGUGCGAGCGUUGUGGCAAGCCUUUCUCAGAUAGUAGCUCGCUCGCACGCCAUCGUCGCAUCCACUCUGGCAAACGUCCAUACAAGUGCCCCUAUGCCGACUGCCAAAAGACCUUCACUCGUCGUACCACCUUGACGAGGCAUCAGAACCACCACACCGGGACGAUUGAAGAGUCAGAGGCAGCCACUGCUGCGGCACUUGCCUCACGUGUAUCCAUGCAAGGAGGUCGCUCACGAGGAUCCGACGAGGAGAACGAUUUCUCUGGUGAUGGGAAGUCACCACUCCCGCAACCAGAUCGCCAGUCGACCAAUUCGCCAGCUGCUGGUAUGAACGGCAUGCCUACCCUCCAGAGGCAGCCUUCCGACUUCUACAUGAACGCCAUGAACGGCGGCAUGGCUGCUGUGCCACCGCAUAUGCGCAACGAGGUCCAACCCUCACCGCGCGCUCAAUCGCCUCAACAAUAUCCAAUGCCACCCAACCAGGGCACACCCCAACAGCGUCCUCCACUGACCUCGAACCCAUCAGGCAGCUACAACGGACCUCCACAAAUUUUGGAGCCACCUACGACCAAUGGUCAACAACAGGCGGCAAGCGGCAACAAUAGUCCGCAUAUCAAUGGUGCUAUCAACGGAUGGCAGUCACCACACAACGCCAUGUCGGCUCAGCACCAAACCACUGACUACGGGUAUCCAGAUGCGAACGGGUACGCAUCGCACAACGUCAAUGCCUCCCACAUGUACUACCAGGCACCGACAGUGUCUCGCCCACACAGCACAGGCCCCGUCGACUACAACAACGGCGGGCUACGACAAGAGAUGUGGACGCAGCAGCAGUAGACUUAUGUUGCGCUUGCCACACACCAAUGGCAAAGAGCUGCGACAUCAAUCUCCAUUCAAAGUCACAGACCAUCAACGGCCUAAAGGGCAAGAGGUACAAAUUGAAGCCGAAACAAGGCACCCCUUGGCCCAAUUGCGUUUCCAUCGACGUUGCCGGAGUUCAUGGCCCGGCGUGAUACCCCAGAUCCAUUUACGGUUGCAUUCGGCGAGAUCCAGCUUUCCUGAGGUUGUACGGCGUUUUAUCGAUUCGGAGUUUCAUCACCGGCUGUCGAUACCCCCGUUCCACCAGAUUAUACCACUCACAUUUCAUUUGUUCAGACCGGCCUUGUCCAAAGGAAGUCCAGUCGCUUAAUUCCGAAGUUGUCUUUUUCCUUUCGCGGGCGCCACAAAAAAAGGGGAGGGAUUUUGUCGGGCGUGCUUUUAGGCACAUAUUUGGUCGCCUGUCUCAUAAUGAGUGUACGACUGUGUCUGUAUCAUAGGCGGCAACAGGCUCAGGCUUCGCAGCUGUCGGUCAAGGCGGGGAAUACGGGGAAUAUCAAAACAAGGCGAUCACAGUCACACAUGACUGAUCGACAUUAAACAUAAUACGGGGUCGCACAAGACGGCCGCCACGGGGCGCGAGGAGGUGGAAAGAAGAGAGAGAGAGGUCUGAGUCGUCUGGCGAUUUGGCGCAUAAGGGUGACUGGAUGGACGAGCAGGCUUGCCGUCCUUCGUCCGCGAACUUGGAAGAGACAGAUCGUAUGUCAAAAUAUAGUAAUAAUAUUCGUGCGUAGUGUUGUCAGACUACGUACGAAGCAAUAAUGCAUCAGCACCAC